UUCCGUUUCCUACCCACUUUCUUCUUAUCAAAGAAAGAUCUUUCUCUCGCUCUCUCUCGGUUUAAAUUCAGUCAUUAAAUUUAUCAUUACAAAAAAAUCAAAAUCCCUUUUCGGUCCCUCUCGCGUCGGAUUAGAACCCCAUUUUUUUUUAGCCAAUUUUGCUUUGCAACUCGAAGGAUCUGAAUUUCGGUCUCACUUUGGAUAAUAACUAUGCUACAUAGGAGUUUCAAGCCCGCCAAAUGCAAAACAGCGUUGAGGCUUGCGGUAUCGCGCAUAAAGCUGUUGAAGAAUAAGAGGGAAGCACAGCUGAAGCAGCUAAAGAGGGAAGUAGCCCAAUUGCUCGAGUCUGGGCAGGACCGGACCGCUAGAAUUCGAGUUGAACAUGUUGUCAGGGAGGAGAAGACAAUGGCUGCAUAUGAACUUAUUGAGAUAUACUGCGAACUUAUUAUGGCACGCUUACCAAUGAUUGAGUCGCAAAAAAACUGUCCCAUUGAUCUGAAGGAAGCAAUUUCAAGUAUAAUAUUUGCAUCUCCAAGAUGUGCAGAUAUUCCUGAGCUCACGGAUAUCCGCAAACAUUUUACAGCUAAAUAUGGAAAAGAAUUUAGCUCUGCUGCUACUGAGUUACGUCCAGAUUGUGGUGUAGGUCGCAUGUUGGUUGAGAAAUUAUCUGCCAAAUCACCUGAUGGUCAGACCAAGAUCAAAAUUUUGACUGCAAUUGCUGAGGAACAUAAUGUUAAAUGGGAUCCUAACUCAUUAGAAGAGAAAGAUACAAGGCCCCCUGAGGAUUUGCUGAAUGGACCAAGCACUUUUGAGAAGGCCAGUAAAUUAUUUGUGGAGCCUCAUGUCCAAGCUCCACCUAAUCAUGAUGACAACAGACCUCCUCCAAAUGUUCAAGCUCCGGUUAAACAUGAUGCAAGGCAUGAUGUAUCUGGAAAUUUCUAUGAGCACAACACAAGAUUAUCACCUCGCUCCCAAAAUUUUGAUUCUGCACAUGGUGGCGCCAAAAAGGACACAGCAUUUGGCACAUUUCAUCCAGAAGCAGGAUCGUCAGGAACUGGGAGUGAAGAGAGAGAAUCUAGGCAUACAUAUUCUGGGGAUGGCAAUGCUUUUUCUUUGGGUAGGAAGAAUUGGAAUAUGGAAUUUAAGGAUGCUACUGCUGCUGCACAGGCAGCUGCUGAAUCUGCAGAGCUUGCAAGUAUGGCUGCCAGAGCAGCUGCAGAACUUGCAAGCUGUUCACAGGUCAAUAGCCAAUAUUCUACGGAAUCACACAAGUCUUCUGCUUAUGGGCCAAGUGAUGAAGGGUCUCAAAAAUAUGCUGGGUCCAAAUUGCAAGGUGAACAUCCUGCCAAACAUCCAGUUAAUAAUGCCUUUCUUGAAAGAAACUCUUGGAGGCAUGGUGAUAAAAUUGAUCGCACUGAGCAAGAUAUCCUGCCAGGAACAGCUGAAAGGUUUUACAGGGAUGAUCAUGAGAACACUGACAAGUCUAGCUGGUCAUCCAUUGAUAAUAACCCAUUGGUUAAUAGUUCCCAAAAUACAGGUAGGUAUUCUCGAAAGAAUUCAUCUGAACUAGAGAACAGUAAUUCUUUAGGUGAAUUGAGUAUGAAGAAGCAAUCCAGCAACAGUGGGUUAGAAAUCGUUAAUGAACCCAAUGAUCGUACGGAAUCUGAGAACGUUGAUUAUAUUGAAGAUGCAAGGCUCAGAAAACAAUCUAGCAGAGCUUCCUCUCAUUCUCAUUCAAGCACUUUUAGUGAUGAUGCUGAUCAGGAACCUUUUGUUAUUGAUGAAGGAAACAUCCCUCGUAACAAUGAGAAGACAAAUUCUUAUGACAAUGCUGCUAUGGUUUAUGAUGAAUAUGGUUCGGAUGAUGAUGUUGGGAACGAGUUUAAGGGACAAGAAUUUAGUUUGUAUUUUUCAUCUCCAGGUAGAAAAUCACAGGCAAAUCUGUUAGAGAAUACAAAUGCUUGGAGCCCCAGGAAAAACAUUGAUGAGCUAUUUGGAAAGUCCAUUUCCCAAUCACAUUCUUCCAGCGAGCUUGUAUUUUCUGAAAGUUUGAGAAGUUCUACGGUUCCUUCACAACCAAACGAUUUCUUGCAUUCUUCCUACGAGCGUCAUUCUUCUCCUGUAUUUUCUGGAAGUUCGAAAAGUUCUACGGUUCCUUCACAACCACAUGAUUUUGUGCAUGCGACUUAUGAUGAUUCAGAUGGCCAGAGUUCAGAUGGUGAAGAGGAGCUGGAGAAAUCAAAGCUUGUUGGGAAUACGGAUCCUAAUAUGUAUCCUCGCGAACAGAUUGUUUACUCCAGAAAUUCUGAGCUGAGCAAGAGUGCAAGUCAUGAGUUAAUAGCAUCUUCAUCUGCAGAGAAGGAACAUGUGGCAUUUAACAGAAAGCCAUGGUCGCCACCCUCUUCAGUUGAUUUGGAACCCAUGGAAGAACGCCUCGAGACAAACCAAGCAAAGGAAUUUUGUGGUGUAUCUGAUAAAAAGUUUGGUUAUGGUGACCAGCCAUCUCCAAAACUUAAAAAAUGGGGAUCAGAUUUGAGCAUUGAGGACAAGGAGCAGGCACCACCAUUACCUGAUACUUGGAAAGAUAAUGAACUACUUAAGGAAUCUAGUUUAGAAAGUGGUAGCGAGUUGAACUUUGGAAAAUUGACAGGAGGCCUUCGAAAUAAGGGUUUGAGGCGUCCACCUUAUACUAGAAGUCCAUCAGGUAAUGCUUCAUCAUUCAAACAAGCCUCAGGCGAUACUUCUUCGAAGAUUGAGCAAUCCUCUUCUCCUGCAACGGUCAGGGCUACAAUUGGUCCUGAUGCUCGCAAUCAAGAGCCAUACAAUCAGAAAGUGAUUUUAAAACAAAGUAAAGAGCUAAGCACUAGAACUCGAUCCCGAGCCCCAGCCCCGGUUUCAUCUUCUGAUUCUGAUAAUGAUGAUUCAGAGGAACCCACACAGCAGACUAUUAGCAGUAGUCGACAGACGUACAAUCAGAAAACAGGCACUAAAGUAAAUCAAAAUUCAAGCCCAAGGGUCCCAAUUACAUAUUUUGAUGCAGAUCCUAGCGAUUCGGAGAAAGAUCUUCCUAAACAAGCUUCCAUCAACAAUGCUCGUCCAAUUUCUGGAUUUUCUCGACGGACAAAAGCCUCUUCUCCAAAUACCAGUAGGAGUUCUUAUUUGAAGGCUAAGGGUAUAUCUGAGGCAUCGUCAACUCCGGAAUACAGAGCAGAAAGGAAACCCUCUUCAACGAGCUUCUAUGCUACUGAAGCCUCACAAAAACCCUUGCCUCAGACCAAGAGCUCAGAUCAGUUUGGAAGUUCUGAGCAGCGUCGAUCAGUAGAGCAGGCAUCUAAGCCAAUACCAGAAUCCAAGAAGUCCUCGAAUGGGGGAAGUUUAAAGUCAUCCACUAUGAAACAUCCAUCUGGUUCUCUUCCAAAGAUAUCAACAUCACGUAGCGCUGAUAUUUCCAAGUCUUCCAGUUCGGAGUUUCCAUCUACUGAAAAGGCUAGUCAUGUUCAUCCAAAACUUCCUGACUAUGAUGCCUUAACUGCGCACUUCGAGUCUCUCCGACAGAAUCGCUAAUAUAUUUAGUUGCACAUAUGAUGUAGGUAUUUAUACGUGCUUUGUAAUUAUUGUUUUGAUCUGAGAAUCCAGUGAACUUGGUUGGUUAUAGGAUGUGUUAGAUGAAAGUUUCCUGUCCAAAAACGCGCUAGUCAAAACAGUCAUAUAAUUUUUGUGUCUAUUUUUUAUUUUUUUUGAAGGGAUAUAGGGGUUCAUUUGUUUGAAAAUUGAUGUAACGUAAUAAAAUGUCUUGUUUUGGUUGA